UCCUCCCCUUUCCUCCUCCCCCUCCUCCCGCACUCCUCUCAACUCGCUCUCCCCCGCCAGCCCGCACACUCAUGCAGCAUCCUCCCCUCACCUCUCCUACCUUCACACUCACCUCCUCAUGCCGCCCUCUCUCCCAUCUUCUCGCCGCCGUCCUCUCCAUCACCUGCUCGCACACAUCGUUUCUCGCCUCUCCUUGUGUGUCGUCUCUCCCUCCUCCAUCUCUUCCUAUUUUCCCCUCCGUCCCUCACACACUCAGGCUUUGCUUGUCUUUGAGUGUGCACACAUGCUCAUGUUGAUUGGCACCCAAGGACAGACCCCCCUCUCUUCCAAACCGGCUAUGGUUUGAUUCGCCUGGCCAGACUUCUUGACACUGAGCUCAGCUGAGGAAGAGGACAAGGAAGACAGCCCAUGGAGCCCAGCCAUAUCUUCCCAGUUUUUCCACCUAAUGGGAGCACCUGGAGCCCGAGGCAGGAUCCCUCCGAGGUUGCUCGGGGAUGCCCCCUCGGACCACUGACUGUCAUCUACUACAGUGUUCUGCUCUGUCUUGGCCUGCCGGCUAACAUCCUGACAGUGGUCAUCCUGUCCCAGCUUGUGCUGCGUCGUCAGAAGUCCUCCUACAACUAUCUCCUGGCUCUGGCCGCUGCCGACAUUCUAGUUCUACUCCUUAUCGUUUUUGUUGACUUCAUUUUAGAGGAUUUUAUUUUGGGUUCAUCGCUGCCAACAUCAUUAAACAGCACCGUGCAGCUUCUGGAGUUCUCCUCCAUCCACACCUCCAUCUGGAUAACGGUGCCUCUCACCAUUGACCGCUACAUUGCCGUUUGCCACCCUCUUCGCUACCACACGGUCUCCUACCCAGCCCGAACACGCAGGGUGAUACUUGUCGUGUACAUUGGCUGCUUGCUCUCUUCAGCACCUUAUUACUGGUGGCCUGAGCUCUGGCACAGCCUACCUGGUGUUGGGAAUGCUGAUGAGGGAGGAGGAGAAAGCAACAGAAAAACUGUGGCCCAACAUGUCCUUGUGUGGGUACACUGUGCCACAGUCUACUUCCUGCCCUGCAUGGUUUUCUUUUCCCUCAACACCAUCAUUGUGCAGAAACUUCGCAAGCGUCGUAACUGCUUCAGACUUCGUGGAUACUCAACCGGAAAGACCACCGCRAUUCUUCUCGCCAUCACCUCGGUCUUUGCUGUUUUAUGGGCACCACGCACCCUCAUGAUCCUCUACCACUUCUACUCACCUCCACCAGCUUCACAAAGUGCUGCCCGUCUGCUCCACAUGCUUACUGACAUAUCGAACAUGCUGGCAUUGCUCAACACUGGUGUCAACUUCUUUCUCUACUGCUUCAUCAGCAAGCGUUUCCGAGGCAUGGCGGCCAACGUGCUCCGAGCCCUUGUCCACUGCCGGAAACAGUCACCACCCUUUUACGCCAGCCACAACUUCUCCAUCACGAGUAGCCCCUGGAUUUCACCAGCCAACUCCCACUGCAUCAAGAUGUUCGUGUACCAGUAUGACAAAAAUGGGAAGCCCAUCUGUAUCUCUUCCUGAGUCCACCAGCAGCCCCAGCCCUCAAUCAUUUGGGAGCACAUUAAGGCUUUGUCUCUGUGGCAACUAGCUUUGCCCGUAUGGGACUCGUUAAGGCUUGAGAAAUGUCAACACGCCCAGAGAGCACAAGUGACAGUUUAUCCAGUUGUCAGUGAUAACAAAGUAGUUGGCUUGCAAGUUGCAACAUCAGGUGCAUGGCAGAAAAUAACAAAGCCUCCUGUGUUUGACAACAGUAUCCAUAAAGCAGCCAGCAGCAUCAAAUAAAUACGAUUGUUUCCAUCAUGCAAAAAGACAUUUGCUGUGGAUGACAGAUGAUAGAGUAUUACCACAUUUUCCAGUGAUUAUAAGCCACUGUUUGAGUCAUAUAAACCAACAAACAACACACUGACCUUGGUGAAGCAUUACGGUUCAGCCAUGAUGCUCCCUGUUAUACUCUGCUAAUAAUUUGAACCGCUUUGUCUGUCUAUUGGGACAUAUUUCCAAGAAGCAGAGAUCCAGCCAGAUCCCUGCACAUCUCACCUUAAAGGAGUGAUUCACUCACACAGACCCAUGGAUGAUGUAUCUACAGCCCAUGAUUCUGACAGUCUCUUCAGUCUUUAAUAAGCAGGGGCAACUCAAAGGCAUGUUCCAGGUGACUCUCAUAAAAUGAACAACGCUGUGACUUUCCUCGUGUGUGCCAAGCUCAUUUUAUUAGCGUAUGUCACGUACAAGUCAGUGCUCAGAAGGAAAGACACACCUCCAAUCUCUCAGACUGCAGUAGGACAAGUAAGAUCUCUGCUUAUUUUUGGUAAAAUAUUUAUUCAUGGUAGACUUGACUGUUAUUGUAGCUUUGCAAAAAUCCAAGACAAGACAAAAAAAAA